AUGUCGUCUCUGCAAAACUCGUUACCAUGGACGAAAAGUCCACUGGUAAUCAAUGCGCCCAUGGGAGGCUUUGCCACGGCGGAACUCGCGAUCGCAGUCAGCAGGUCCGGCGGUCUGGGCCAAAUUGGCUCUGAUGGCUCCAUGAAGAACCUUGAAGUCGAACUAUCCAAAGUUGAAAAAGCUCUAGAUCGGACGGAGAAAGGUCUUCUGCCUAUCGGCGUCGGCCUGCUAUCUUUCGUCACGGAACGAGAGAGUGCGCUACAAAUUGUCGAAAAGUACAAGCCAGCAGUAGUUUGGCUGUUCGCUGCUCAUAAGCUGAGCGAUUAUGCCGAAUGGGCGAAAGAAGUUCGCAAAGUAACGUCACACUCUCAAAUCUGGGUGCAGAUAGGCAGUGUUGCAGGAGCUCUGGAGAUAGCAAAGGACACAAGGCCUGAUGUAAUAUGUGUCCAGGGCAUUGAUGCUGGAGGCCAUGGGUGGGAGAAGGGCGCUGGAAUUAUCUCGCUGCUCCCAGAAGUUAGUGACGCGCUCGCUGGGACAGACAUUGCGCUGGUCGCAGCAGGGGGGAUAGCAGAAGGACGAAGCGCUGCUGCUGCCUUCACGCUGGGAGCGCAAGGCGUCGUUCUCGGGACGAGGUUCAUUGCCGCAUCGGAAACGAAGAUCAAUCCGCACUAUCGGGCUGCAAUUCUGGCUGCACAGGAUGGUGGCCAGACGACCGUUCGUGCAAAGGUCUUUGAUGAGCUUCGUGGCGAGAACAUAUGGCCGAACGCCUACGACGGACGCAGUAUUCGCACUGAGAGUUUCCAGGACCACAGUGAAGGUGUGCCGAUUGACGAGAUUCGUCGAAGAUAUGCAGAUGCAGCCAAAACGGACAGUGCUGGGUACGCCCCGGGAAUCGGCCAGGGCAGGGCGGCGACCUGGGCUGGCACAGGUGUUGGCCUCGUGCACUCGGAGCAGCCCGCAGAGGCUAUAGUAGAAGAAAUCCGGACUGGCAUAGUUGCGGCUCUUGAGGCCGUCAAAGCCAGAUUGUGAUUGUGCUCAUAUCCUAUUGACUCUCCUCCCUCGCCCUGGCCUUCUCCCUCGUUCUUCCUCAACGUCCUCGACCUCAUCUUUGCCCUUUUCCAAUUUGCCAUCAUUGAGCUCCCACGGUUGCAGUGCCCAAUCCGUGGUAUCAUACCAAUCCUCCCCGUCACUCAUCUCUGUCACCAUGUUGCCCUUGCCGUCAGAUACGACAUGGCCUUCUGCCUUGCAACUUCUGUACACGAACGAACGCAACCGGUCCGCCUUUUGCAGUCCCCCGUGUAAUGCGUCCAAUGAGCGCACAAUCUGCUCUUGUUUUUGCACGUAUAGCAGUAGGAGUUUCCGUGUCUCUUCUGCUUCUUGCGGUGGAAGGCCCAGAUCGCGAUCGGUCAGGGCGGCCGCGGGUGCUGAGAACCACGGAUGCAUGGCGGGCAUCGCAGCAGAGUCGCUGGGUGUGGGCGAGGGAGUGCGAUCACUCGGCCCAGCUGGUGAUCGUGCUCGCGCGCGAGUUGUCAUGGCAUGCCUCUCAGUUCCAUUGGAUUGCGAAGCCGUCUCGGAACCGGCUUCUGCGUCAGUGAUGUUAGCGACUGCGGGAUUGGGUAUGCUCUCGGGAUGAUCAAUCGGAGGAGUGGCAUUCGAUGCGCUGCGGGUGUCUCCAUUGGUGAUAGGUGCUAAUGCUCCUUCUCGUAUCCCUCCGUGCACGCCAUUGCCAUUAGCAUUGCUCUGACCCGUAUGGACUGAAUUCGUCAUAGCCUCUGCCAUGUCCUGCGCCUCCACACCUUCCAUGGCCUCGUGAUCAGAAACCACGACCCCGUUCGCCUGUGAAGUCGGUUCCGAAGGCUCGAGCUGGUCGCGAGCAUCAUCGGCGACCACGAGCUCCGGUAACGGUCGAUCCAGGCCGAGCAUGGGCUGGUCAGCAAGAAUGCUCGGGACAACGCUCAGCUUGCCGAGGAAUUCCUCGCCGGUGUGCAGCAGCCUGUAGUCACUAUCCGCCUCAAAAGUCUGCGAAGGCACCCAGUCCGCGUCGCCUCGGAAACGCUGCAGCAGUCUUUUGGCCUUCCACAGACGGGCAUGCUCUCGACGCAGCAUCUCGCAAGCUUCAGCAGCCAUCUGCGUAAGGCCUUUGCUUUUGUACGGUAUGCUGAGCGUCGGAUGGUCGGCGAGCUCACUGGCAGACUGUAGAGGCCGCAGCAAUUCUUC